AUGCUGUGUAGCUGGAAGGUAGUAUCAUUGUUUUUGCAUGCCGCCAAGGAUGAUGGCAAGAAAGACACGUCAGACAAAGUUCUUUGGCAUCGCGUCGACAACAUCGAUGGUGAUGAUUGCUAUGGCUUUCUCACAGAAGUUAUCGCUCUCCAUUUGCCUAUCGUUAAACAGUCUGGUGCUGUGUCUAAUGGUGCUGCUGCAGCAAGGGCCUUGAUCAACAACUUUGAGCCCGGAUUGCCUGAGAUCGACAUUGUCAAGUGGAUCAAAUGUUUGGUCGAGAGCCGAAGAUUCAAGCCAGACAAGCUGCUGACGCCCAUCCUCGACUAUAUGUCUGAGCAGGACCGCGCAGCAUUCAUGAAUUUGCCGAAGCACCUCCAGGAUCGUCCUGAUAAGGAAAUACCACCCAGGGUCAUGCCUGAUGAACAAGAGCGUCAGACUCACACAAAAAGGUUUGCGACUCCUGGCAAGUACAAGGCAUUGAUCCCUGGUGAAGGCCUCCUCCCAGCAGUUGAUGUUCGGUUGACGGUCUUACCUGCCCCUGAUAAUGCUCGGCUUGGUGACUCGAGCUCUGGGGAGGAUGAUGUGGCGCCUGACAAGACCAUCAUGAUAGUGCAAGGAUUCUAUCGCAAUCCAGGUGUCAAGCAAUCUCGCUCAGCUCGAUUUGGCCACAAGAGAACAGAACAACAAGCGUUGGACAUAGUUCUCAAGUGGAUGUGGGCAAGGCAUGAUGAGGCUGUUGCUCGCAGUCAGCUGGAUUUGCCUGACGACCUCAAGUUGGAUGACUUGCUAGCCGACGUUGAUGAGUCUGACAAGGGCGAGAAUGACAACAAGAACAAGAAAAAUAAAAAGGAGAAAAAACAAAAAAAAACAGAGAAAAAGGAAAAAAACAAAGACGGCAAAGGGAAAAAAAGGAAAAAAAAGGAUACAGAUGAAGAUGAAGAAGAUCAAGACGAGCCUGACGAGCCUGACGAGCCGCCAUCAAAAAGGCCACCCAAAAAACAGCCGGCCCAAUCAAGCAGCCUGACACGUGGCAGGGGGCAUGGCAGAGGAAAAGGAAGGGGAAGGUUCACCACAGCCAGAAAAGAAGCAGAUGAUGAGAAGGCGAAAGCAGAUGCUGUGGUCAGGGUGCAAAAAGAGUUGGCUGAGCUGAAAGGCAUGGGGAAGCAGGACAGCACGCAGCGUGAGGAAGCACGACAAAGAAGCAUGAAGGCAAAGAAGGACACUUGGUUACAGAUUGAACUUGUCAUUGUUUGUUUGGUGGCCUUGUCAAAGACCAAUCUAUAUAUUAUAUAUUCUAUAUUUGCUGUCAUUCAUGUUACCCAAUUAUCAAUGUUGACAGUUCGGAUUUAUUUACAGCGUCACUUCCCUACCCCUAUUUAA